AUGGACACCGAAGGCCUGGGGGAAGCUACUGGUACUCACCACCGCGAAAGCCGAAGAGACCGGAAACGAGAAAAGUCCCGAGACCGCGACCACGAGCGAAACGACCGUGAGCGCUCCCACAGACACCGCCGCUCCGAGCACCGUUCCGGCCACCAGUCCCACCGCGAAAGACCCAGAUCAAGAUCCAAAUCCAAAGACCGGGACCGGGACCGCCACCAUAGGCGAGAGCGCGAUUCCUCGGACCGUCAUCACCGCACCCACAGAAGGAAACGUUCACGCCAUGAAGACCAAGACCGAGACCGUCAUCGCCGAAAAUCCCGAAGGGCCGAUUCUCCCCCUCUCAUCGAGAAGAGGAGGGAGAGGGAAUCUGCGGACCCACUAGAGCUGGAAACGUCCAACUCUUCGACACACCCCGAUACCGUUUCCAAACCUACGCUCACGCGCGACUCUUGGAUGCAAGAGCCGGAUACUAACUUCAUCGACUACACGCAGAAAGGGGCGAGGAGGCCCGCACCUCAGCCGGUGGCUGCGCCGGACUAUCGGCCGAUAAUUCACAGGAAUGAAUUGAAUACGCAGUUGAAGGAAGGGAAGUCACUGGAUGAGUACGCUGAUGAGACGGAGGAAGUAACAUACACCUUCGGUGACGCGGGUUCAAAAUGGCGGAUGACGAAGUUGAAGAGGUGUUACGAGUUUGCGAAGGAGGAGAGGAGGACUGUUGAGAGUGUUGCGUUGGAGAGGUACGGCAACCUGAAGGAGUUUGACGACGCACGGGAGGAAGAGAUUGAGUUGGAGAGGUGGUCGACGUAUGGGAAGGAUAGGAAGGAUGUGAAGGAGAAGCCGACCGGGGCGCUUUAUCGGCAGAGGAUGGAGAAGGUGAGAGCUGAAGAGAGUGCCAGGCAGUCCAGAGAGAGAGAAAGACAUGGGUCUGAGUUUCCUCAAGGGAAUGUUACCGAAACUGUUUCCAAUACGAAGACUACGACCGCCUUUGAUCAGACUGCGUUGAACAGAAUGAAAGCUGCUCUUAUGAAAGCACAACUGAGAGGUGAUCCGAAGGCAGCCGUGAUGGAGAAGGAGUUCAAUGAGGCCAUGGCGGCAAACAAGAAGGAGCCAGAAGUUGUAGUCCUAUCCGCCAUGGAUUCAAGAAUGCUAGCUGGCUCAGGGGGGCGAGUUGGCAGGGAAGUAGUAGAGGGAAAGAAAGGAAAGCUUGUGGAAAAGGACGAUAUGAGUUUAGACGACAUGGUCCGGGAAGAGAAGCGAACCAGAGGCCAAGUCCGAGGUGGCGAAGGGAUGCUCCUGGCGGAAAGAAUCUCACGAGAUGCCAAAUUCGAUGCAAGUUCUGCUCUACCAUCCUUGAUCAUGCCUGUACUAAUAUCUACAGGAUAACCUCGACUACCUCGACGAAAACGCCAGCCGCCUAGCCAAACGAGUCCAAAGGAACGAAGUCGACCUAAAGAACAUGGCCAUCAGCGAAUUCAAGAAGAUGCAGAAGGUCCUCGACAAUUGCCCCCUGUGCCAACACGAGGACAAACCACCUAUCGCGCCCGUUGUCUCACUUGCAACAAGAGUCUACCUAACCCUCCCCACAGAACCGGAGUUGACGCCGGGCGGAGCAGUUAUCGUUCCCAUUCAACAUAGGGUAAAUAUGAUGGAAUGCGACGACGAUGAAUGGGAGGAAGUUAGGGUUAGACCCCAUACCCAUUACAGUGCUUUCCCUCGAGAAAAAAUUAACAUUGUGCCAUAGAACUUCAUGAAAGCCCUAACCCGCCACUACACAUCCAAAAACCAAUCCGUCCUCUUCUACGAAAACGCUGCUUCACCAGAACGCAAGCGACACGCGGCCAUAACUGCGAUCCCACUCCCGCAAGAGCUGGGCGACAUGGCUCCCGCCUACUUCAAAGAAGCCAUCCUCUCAGCAGACGAAGAGUGGUCGCAACACAAAAAAAUAAUAGACACGCUCGCGAAAGCGCGCUCGGGACUGGGCAAGAUGGCGUUCCGCAAGUCGCUCAUAAAGGAGAUGCCGUACUUUCACGUAUGGUUUGAGAUCGAUGGUGGGAUGGGCCAUGUCAUUGAGGAUGCGAACCGCUGGCCCAAGGGUGACCUAUUCGUGAGGGAGUUGGUGGGCGGGAUGUUGGAGUGCCCGCCUGAUGUUAUCAAGCGACAAGGACGCUGGGUCAGAGGCAGGGAUUCCAGGGUCGAAGGGUUUAGGACAGGGUGGGAUGAGUUCGACUGGACGAAAGUUUUGUACGAUAAUUAGAGUGUGUGGAGGAGGAU